CAAAAACAACAACACAUAGUUACACAUGGGAUAAAUAAACGUACAGUCAAUAACACUAUAUAUCUGUAUAUAUAUAUUUGUGGUUCUGAUGGGGUUAGACAGAUAAACUAAGCUCAUGAUGCAUUUAUGUUCUAUUCUUCAAGAAUCAAUACAGUAUCUUCUAUUUAUAACUCCAACAAAAUAAAUAUAGCAACUGCAGAUUGUGACUAAGGUCAAAAGCAUUAUUUUAGCAAUUUAAGCGCAUGAUCGUGUGAACUAAAAGUGCGCGAAAUUAAAUGACAGGUAGUCCUAAAUCGACUGACUAUGGUCAUGACGCUGUGCAGAUGAUUUCAGCACCACGAGCGCAGGAAGAGCUCUACACUAUUUUACAUGCUAGUGCUUAAGUGCGUGCACGCGUGUGAUGACUAAUAGAAAGUAAGUAGGGGUUCAAGGCGCAUAUAGGUACUGUAUGCGGACUCAGUUUUUCGCCUAAAUAUAUUAUCCAAAAUUGUUCCGUUUAUUGUUCGCGUAUCUGUUGGUAUACCCUUUAUGUUCUACUGUAGACGUUUUAAUUUCCUCUACGCCUUUCAGAAGCAGAGGAGCCUGUAGGAGGCGAUGUAGACUCCAGUGAGGAAUGUGGAACACAGAUGUGCAUCCAGUGUGUGUGUGUGUGUGUGAGAGAGAACCAUAGACUGUAAAAAGAACAGAGUACAGCUUUUGCAUUGUGUGCUAGGCUACGUCAUUGUGAUCCCCGAGAAUUCUCUCUGCUCCCCACAUCGUCACUCCGACCGGUCCUCGACUCUGAAACGGCUUCGACUAGAUAGUAUCACCAGGUCAAUCUAAUGGGACAAUCGAGGCGUUUGAUUCCAUUUGCCUCGUUGCACUGAGGUUGGAGAGAAGGACAUUAGCCUACCACCCCGAAGUGAAAAUCAAACCCCAACGAAAUGACAACCAAGGAGUCAGAGAAUGUGGGUCUCUCCAUACCACUGUGCAUCUACAACGGGGCUUCCCAAACCAACGGCACCUGCAUGGACCAAAUGGACCGCUUCUUCCAGCCGUUCUCCUCUACCUUUGCGCUCAUGGUGCUGGUGGCCAUGAUCAUUGGGAUAAUAUUGGUUUCCCUGGCAGCAUUUCACUUUAACAAGAGGAGGAUGAAGAAGAGGAAGAUCCAGCGUGCCCAGGAGGAAUACGAGCGUGACAACCGCAGCCCCUCCACCAAGACGAAGAGAGAACCCACGAGACCAUCCAUUAUUGUCCGACCGUCGCCUCCAGAUAGUGAACACCGGCCACACUCCGUUCUCCAAAAUACCAGUUGUCACAUUCAGGAGGACCCUGGUACCUUACCCAUUGCAAAUAAAGAGUCAGAAUUGGAUAUGGCACACAUUGAGAAAGGAAAUGGACAAGUCCUGGAAACGGUCAUCUUGUCUUGAUAACGCUGCAGUUGAAAAUGUUGGGACUUUGUAAAUAGACAACAUAUCCACGUUAUAGUUCAGGUGUAACUGACUGAAAGAAACUCUUAACAUCAAUUUGGGAUUAACUGGGAUAAGCAAUAUGGCACAAAAACAAACACUCUGACCUCAAGGAACUAUGGUUGCCAUUUCAUCAUAAAUCACACUGAGUGGAUUAAUAUCUGUGCCACGUGUAUAAAAGUAGAAUAAUUCAGUAUAUUAUAAUACAUUUGUGGGAUCAUUUCAGCAAAAGACCAUUUGGUAAAGUAUUCUACAUUGAAGACAGGCUAUGCGUGAAGGAUAAUGAUGCCCACUAGAAAGAGCGCUGUCCAUGGUGCUGAAAUGUAUAUUCAUGUGCUGCUAGCACAUUUCCUUGUGUAGAUGUAAAUUGCUAGUAUUAUAAAGUAUUUAUUUCUACAACUACUAUUCUACUCCUGGACUUGCAAAUUUUAGAAUUAGAUUUCUAACAAAAGGCAUUUUCCCUAAAAGUUCAUUCAACCUUUUUAAAAGUAACUGUCCAGUGAAAAUCUCACUUUUAAAAGUUCAUAUUCUGUUAUCUCAUACCCAAAUAAUGUUGUUGACUCAUCCUAUACACGUAUGCAACCAAAGCAUAAAAAUAAACCUCAAACUUGUUUCUCAAACAGACCAUUUCGAAAAUGCUUGCUAUUUCCUCACAGAGGAUUAUGUCAUCCUCCUGAGGAGAAUGAGCUGGCCAAUCAACAGUCUACCCGCAUUCAUAUUUUUCAGUGAUAUGCGCACAAUUCUGUUGUUGGGAUACACCCACACCAUUCCAACAUAUAAAAACAUAGUAUUCCGUCCAAAAAAGGUUAAUUAACUAUUUCAAUCAUAUAUAAUAGAAAUCUGGAAACACUGGACAGUUACUUUAAAAUCAGUACCACAUAACACGAUUGACUUUAUACAUCAUUCAGUAGCUACUGUCAGGCUUGAAAUGGGUGACAUAGCACAUUUUCUGGUGACCAUGCAUUCCUCUUAGUGUUAAUCCAUUUUAUUUUGACAAAUCUUUCAAAAGAAGAGCAAGUAGAUGUCGGAAGAUGCCUUGAGAGGAACUAGACUCCGAUUGGCAUGUGCUAUGUAUGGCACCGUUUUCCAAAGUUUUACAGGAGCUAUCAAAUAAAGCUUUUAAGUCAUGUUUGAAAAGGUUUCACAAUCCUACUUCAGGCUUUUGGCUUUGUUAAAAGUGUGGCAAGAGGCUUAAGUUGUAAUUUGUUGCAAUUAGUUAGUGCAGACUGCAUUUAAAAAAUAGACUCAAAUCAUUAUUUUCAGAGUUACAUAGUUUCAUUUAAAUGACGUAUUUUUAUUGGUAGUUGAUCAUCUGCGUUUAGUUUGUAAUAAGGCACUCUUACAGAUGUCAUGAACUUUCAUGUGCCAGGUGGUAGCUGUGGGUCUUAAUAUAGCACUUUCACUAUUUAUAAUGUAUCCUCUGAAAUGUAAUAAAUCUGGAAUCAUAAACAAAUAUUUCUUAUCGCUUUUUGUCUUUGUAAUGCAAGUGACAUUUAGUCUAUUUUUCUACCUCAAAACAAACCGAAUAUUUUUGAAAUAUGUAGCCUGUAACAUAAUUUAACAUUGACGCUGGAAAACCCCUAUGUGUUCUGAGCUUCACUUUUGAGUGAAUCCUCUCAAAAAACCUUGGCUCUACCCAUAACGACAGACCUACCCUUGACUUAAAGCCACGUCCACCUCUCUUCUGAUUGGCUGGCUCAUUGGGGAGUUGAGUGCUUUGACAGGUUCUCCUCUAAGAGGGGUCUAUGGCGGCGGGCCAGGAGCAGUCACUCCCAGUGAGACUUGGGCCCAUGGCCAGGUGCCAGGAGGGCAUGUUCCUAAUUGUCUCCUCGAAGACAAGCCCUGGGUCUCUCAUCCCUGGCUGGGCUCCAGCUCCUAUUGGACAUACUGCUGCUGGGAGUCUCUCAGCGGAGCUGUCCCCAGACUAAUCUCCUUGGGGAGUGUGGGGACAAAUAGAUCCCUGCUAUUUACUCUUUGUGAUUGAAUUUGCAUUACAAGGUUAUAAGGAAAGCGAAAACUCAAAACGAGCUGCAUAUUUAGUUGAUGACUUUUUAGGGCUGAUAUGUGUAUGGACAAGUUUGAGCUCAAUAGAUUGGACAAAGGAGAUGACCUCAAACGGAAGUCUGUCCAAUUUUACAUGAAGAUGAUCGGUUUAAAAAUGCACUUUUCUAGGUGUUUAAAGCAUACUGUACAUUGUCUGGAGUGGAUACCCACCCUGUCCAUUACCACCUACCUGGUGGGUUGAAUGCUAAAGCUUCUAUAUAGUCUGUUCCAGCAUGUUGCAUACCAUAUUCCUCUGUCAAAAGCCCUGCUGCUCAUCCUUAGGGGAUGCUCAUUCAAGAAUGUUCAGUGAUAUACUAUUCACCUGCCCUUCACAGGCAAAGCCCAGGGAAUGAUUUAUGAGCGAAGCCCUCAGUGAAGCGGUAAAAUAAAAUAAAAAAUAAAAAGAGGGCUCGAUAGCACGACACUCAAAGAUAAAACUGAGAUCAGUCCUUGCCAGGCAAUUUAACAGCCGUGCUAAGUGAAGCCUUGGUGUGGAGAAAAACAUCCAUCCAGUGUGAAGGCAACAUGAGUCAGGUAGGCUGAGAUUCUGGAAAGACAUUGCCUGGGGGACAGAGGUAUCACUCCUGACACUUGUGGGAGUAGAGUGCCUGUCGGGCAGACGCUGUCCUGCCUGUGAGCCCAGCUACGUGCAGUGACGUGAGCCACCUCCCCAGCGAAUGGGUAGCCAGGGAGGGCAACUGCCCCCUUACAGGGCCCAAUGUAUAUAAAACCCUGGGAGUCUGUAUGCCUGUGACUAUAGCACUCUGAGCUUGGACACCCCAGCUUUGAGGCUGCUGCUGCUGCUAAAAUGUCUGAGACUAACCUGAGAAUCAGUGGGGGGGCAGUGAGGUUUGGGGCGACCUAUGGGGGCAACAGGCUCUUCUCUGGGGGCAGGAGCGGUGGAG